UUAGGCAAAGCUUGGCACAGAUGUCGCUGUGUACUUCAGACCCAUAAUAAAAAAGACGCAUAAAAAGUUAUCAAUAAACUUUCAGCAUUGUUCGAGUUUUACUCAUCGGUUUACAUUUAUUAUAAAGUCUAGUAGUAAACAAAUACUACUAAAGGAUUUUUGAAGGUUUUUAUGCGACAGGACGAUAAUUGUUGUGAUCAUUAGUGACUGUGAAAUCUUAGUUUUGAAUAACAAUUGAACUUAUGUGCGACGUGAUUACUGUGGUUAAAUAAGUAUUUAGUUUUUAUAAUGUAUAGCACAUGGAACGUAGAGGCCCUGAAAGCUAAAUUAAGAGAACGGGGUGCAUCUUUGAAGGGCAGAAAAGCAGACCUAAUUGAAAGACUUGAGGCAUAUGACAGGAAUCAGAAUUUUGAUGCUGUUCAAGCGGAAGAAAAUGAUGAUCCAAAAAUGGUUUUACCAGAAAAUGAUGCUUAUCGGGACAUCAACAGCAGUAUGAAGCUACCACCAAUUACAAAGGAACAUAUAACCCUUUAUUUCUUACAAUUUCAUAAGAACCCAAAUGAUGGUAAAUCAUUAUAUGAAGCACGCUUCCUACAUUUUUUGAGAGCAGCAUUUAUUGGUGACUCCUGGUACUUUAAAGGAUAUGUCAAAGCUUCAAUGAAAAGAAUUAUGUAUCAAGCUAAUGUUAAAUUAAGUAUAAAAGGUGAGAUUUUGGAGUGCAACUGUGAAUGUGUUGCUGGUAGUGGAGUGAGUGCUCACUGCAAACAUGUGGCUGUAGUUCUUUGUGGACUUGAAAAUUUUAUAAAUGACAAAAUUCUUCUGAAAACAGAAGCACCCACAGAAAAACUACAAACUUUCCAUAUGCCAAAAAAAAUUUUUACAGGCAGUCCAUUAAAAGCGCACAAGUUGCCAUCCAAAAGAAAAUCUAUUGAGAAUAUUGUAUUUGAACCAUAUAAAAAAAGAAUUAAUAUUCAAGAAUAUACCCAAAAAGUGAGAAAUAUUAUUCUUAACUGCAAAUCCCAAAUGCCCUUUAAACAACUAUAUGGGCCUGCAAAUCCAUAUGCGAUUGAAAAUGACCAUGAUUACUGUGGACCUGUGACCAACAAAAUUUUUGAGCAACUAGAAUUAAAUACAUUAUCUUUAAACAGAAUUCAAGAAAUAGAACAUGAAACUUGCGGGCAGCGAGAAAAUCCUAAAUGGUUUAUUUACAGAAAAUGUCGCCUGACUGCUAGUAUAUUUCAUACUAUAUGCCAUAUGAAAGAAACCACUAAAAAUGGUUAUGCCAUGCAAAUACUAGAAAAAGAAAAUAUUUUAUCAAGAGCUAUUAUGCAUGGUAUAAUUAAUGAAAAAGUUGCAUUAAAACAGUAUAUUGAUUUAUACGAGUUAGAUGUGACAGAAAGUGGAGUGCAUAUUUCAGAAGAAAGGCCCUAUUUGGCUGCUUCGCCUGAUGGUAUUUUAAAUGAAGAGACAAUAAUUGAAAUAAAGUGUCCUUAUGCUAGUAGACAUCAAGUUAUAAGUCCAACUACAGUACCAUACUUAAUCUACAUUGACAAUAAGUUAUGUUUAAAAGCAGAAACACCAUAUUAUUAUCAAGUUCAAGGGCAACUUUACUGCAGUAACAGAAAAUAUUGUAAUUUUAUAGUUUAUACCUUUAAAAGUUUAGAGGUGGUUUUUGUUAAUAGGGAUGAUGAAUUCAUAGAGCAAAUGCUAUACAAAUUGGACUCUUUUUAUCAUUCUUAUUUCAAGAAAGCUAUAAUUAACAAAUAUUAUUAUAAGAAUUAUUUAGAAAUUAUAAAACAUGAUUUUUCUGAAUAACCAUAAUUAAACGUGUUAUUUUUUGAUGAUUAUUGUGCCAAGGUAUUGUGAAAACAAAAAAUAAAAGAUAUUUUAUAAUAAGGCUUUUAUUUAGAACUAUUGUCUGUAUAACAAAAUUGCUUAUUAAAAUUUCACCUUCGAAUUAACAAAAUAUUAUAAAAAUGAAACACUUCAACCAAAAGGUUUCUAGACAUUGAGAUAAGAUGCUAAAAAUAUUAAUUUACAAUUUUUUCCCUAAAGUUACAUAACAUGAGGCAAACAAAAAAUAUUUUUGACAUUAACGGAACAUAGUAUGCAUUGACAUCAGUUUUAAAAUUUUUAUAAGUUUUUAUCAGACCUAUUAAACGUUCAAUAUGUAUUCGAUUAGCAGCUAAUUUCUGGUCAUGUUUCAAUUUUAUCCCAGGUAAUUGAGAUAAACCUUUCAAAAAAUUUGGCACAAGUAAUGUUAUGUCUCUAGGUGCUAACAAAUCUUGAGUGUUAAAUCCCCUAUCUGCCAUGAUUCCAUCACCUGGAUUACAUUUAUGAAUA